AAAACGGGAGAAGAGUGAAGGUAUUCAACGCCCCCACGAAUGGUUAUUUGAAUCUCUACUCAGGUUUUGACGUCGAUUUUUGGAGUUGGUAUGCUUUUGGCAGAGUCAAUUUAGCAGCGCUUGUAGCUGGCAUCGUGUCACAACUUUGAAAUGUUGACUGCUGGCUAAACGUUGGAAAGACUGGGUUGUGCUGGCGGCGUAUUGGAACAGAGGAGCGACUGUUGUGUGGCUCAAGACAGAAGUGGGAGUUCUGGAAUUCAUUUUGAACGCACCAGUAGCCUAAUGUAUCACUGAACGAAUCAACGCCACGAUAUAUUUUGUACGGUAUAAUUUAUUUUCUUCUCCCUAAUAAAUAUCGAUGAAAGUUGACAGCAGCGCGGAGGGCCAGGGACAUUCGUGUCCGGGGGACUUUGUUAAACCUGUGCAACUAGUCAUGGAUGAUAAUGUGUCCCAACCAACACCACGACGACGACUCUCUGGCUCUAGAGUCCAAUCUCAUCAACAUCUGCACCGGCAUCAACAUCAAGCUCAGCACCAGGAACUAGUAGUGUCAACCAAAAACAAGGCCCCAUCUCCCCCAGUAUCAGUGAAGGGGCUGGAUGGUGCAGGCCUUUCCCAGAGACACUUUGUAUCAGCAUUUCCUCAGAUGACCAUGGACCAGAAGGAGAACCAACUUGAACAGGACCUGACUCUGGUUGUGGUUCUGCCAGGCGGAGUGGAGAAGACAGCCACUGUUAAUGGCAGCAAGCCCAUGAUGGAUUUGUUAGUGAUGCUUUGUGCCAAGUACCACCUGAACCCAUCAGGCUAUGUUAUAGAGCUCGUCACCACCAACAGACACCCAAUCAAGUUCAAACCCAACACUCUGAUCGGGGCCCUGGAGGCAGAGAAGGUUCUGCUCAAGCCCAAAGGAAUGGAGGACAAGAUUAAGAAGCCAAUUCCUCAGAUGCCAGAGGCAACCGUCCGUCUGGUAAUAAACUAUAAAAAUACCCAGAAGACUAUGCUAAGAGUCAGUCCUCGAGUCCCCCUUGAAGACCUCUUACCAUCUAUUUGUGACAAAUGUGAAUUUGACCGACAGAGCACAUUUUUAUUGAGAGAUGCCCAAUCUAAGGAUCCUUUGGAUUUGACCUGUUCUCUCAAUGAUUUUGCAAUAAGGGAGGUUUAUGCAACGGACACAAAAGCUAUGUACUCAGAAGAUGUACCUGCCUCUCCCACCCCUACUACCACAACUCAUCUAGAUACCAUUCCACCCAGUAAAGAUAAAAUGCAGAAGGAGAAAGAAAACAAGGGAUUGUUCAGUUUAUUCAGGAGGAGUAAGAAGAAACCUGAGCAGGAAAUGACUGCUAGUGCCCCGGCGUCCCCAGUCUUUCCCAGCAAGCCUCGACCUCUUAGCAUGAGUUCGCUCAGUGCCCACUCCUCCACAUUCAACUGCAACUCCAUUGCUUCUGACAUGCCAAAGAAGAGACGGGCUCCCCUGCCCCCCGUGCUGGUGUCCCAGAGAUGCCCCUCUAACCUCAGCCAUCGCCAGAGGUCCAUCUCCGACUCAGAGCCCGAAGCCCAAAAGGACAGUGACCAGAUGGCUGGUCUGAGUCGCAGCACAGAGUCUUCCCUGAAGAGGACGAAGCGCAAGGCUCCCCUACCCCCUGCAUCUCCCAGUGUGGUUGUCCAUGAUGUAGCUUCACUAGAUGGAGGUGGCCAACUUCCUAAUACACUGGAAGAGAUCGUGGAGCAGGAGGAGACAACUGCCUCCGUGGUCUUAGACUCUAUGAGUGAUGUCCAGGAGGACGACAGCAGCCUCAACCUGUCAACAGCAGACAUCUCCGUGGACGCUGAGAGAACAGAGGCCCUCUCUCCACCACUGGAGGCCCCAGACACACCGUAUGCUGAGAUGGAGACCUCUUCACCACCCGAGAGCGAGGGCCCAGCAGGGGAAGAUCAGGCUUGUGAUCUGUCCUCAGAUGGCAAAUUAGUGCACAGCAUGGUGAACAACACUGAGCGCACGGAUCCCAUGCUGAUUGCCGAGAUGGACACAUCUGAAGCUGCAGAUGAAAGCCCUCCUUGCCAAGCUGACGAAAUAGGUGGUCAGACAGACUUGCCAUGUGAAGAUUACACAACACAAGAUGGGGUCAAAGGUGAAUGUAGUACUGAGAGCUCUCAUACUAUCAGCCCACCAGCAGCCCAGCCUAUGACACAGAGUACAGGAACACAGGCCUCAGAUCAGGUGGACACUGACCCCUACUAUCGUGAACGGCCAGUGGCCACAAGCACCCCCUGUCCCCCUGCUGAGGAUGCCCAGGUCCAGACCGAUCUCACACCACCAUGUCCUGUGUCAACACCCCGACAACAGGAAGUGCCUCCCCCUUCUAAAGCCUCUACCUCUGGAACGGUGGGGCUGAAAAAGGACAUGGCCACCUCUACAGAGGAGCUGCUGAUCCCUGCUGACCCCAUCACACCUGCCUCAGCAGCCCCUCAGUACCAAACGUCCACUCAAAGUGGCCCGGCCCCUCCGAAGCCAUCCAAUGAGCUGACCAGGGACUACAUCCCCAAGGUGGGGAUGACUACAUACACUAUCGUGCCUCACAAGACUUUGGAGAAACUGAGAAACUUUGAGCUGGAGCUGAUGUUGGAAUCCCCCAACGUGGCUCUCGAGAAGGAAGUAGGUUCACUUGAACUCAAAGACCGCACUACACAGGCUGAGCAGUUACAGGUCACAGCAGAACAGACCGAGCUGCAGUCUAUUGUACCUUUGGAGUCUUCCCUAUCUCAGCAAGUCACCACCACCACCACUACUACUACUACUACUACUAGUAGUAGUAGUAAGAGCAUUGUAAAUAGCAAUGUGGUUGAGCCUAUUCACUCCCCCUCAACACCAACAAGAAUACUUCCUGCAGGAGAUGACAAGAUUCCAUCCCCCUCUAGUGGGGGAGACCAAGCAGGCUUAAUAGCAGAGGUCACGGAGAUGAAAAUUCCACCCGCAACUAAACCCAAGCCUGGCUCUUUCCGCUUGCCACAGCACAAAAGAACACCUGGGUAUUAUGUAACCUCGGCGGCAGUGAAAAGUUUGAAUGCCAGUCCUGGCGCUGGCCAGAGGGAGGCUCCAGGCAGUCUAGUGGCAGCAGCAGCAGCAGCAGCAGCAGCGCAGGCACUGCAGCUAGUGGAGGAGGACAGCUUCCCUCCUCCGGUGCAGUGGGAGGAGGAGACAUCAGAGGGCGCUGAUGUAGUUGACACGGAGCCAAGUGUGCCAUCUCCACGGCCCAGUCCUGCCAGGGCGCCCCCAUCCCCAGGGUUGAGCCUGGAGAAGCUGAGGAGUUUUGCUGCUCCCAAACCCUACUCUCCUACGACCCCGUCCCGUUUUGCCCAGGCUGUCUCCUCGGCGGUCAAAAGGUCCCGGUCCUUAUCCACAGACUCCACCUCACCCUCUCCUCGCUUGCCACCAUUCUACCCAAUCACAAGCCGCUUUUUAGUCAAUGAUCCUAAAGGACCAUGUGGUGUGGCUAUGGGAAGUGCCAAUGGAGAGAGGGAGGAGAACAAAGGCUUGGAGCUCCAGGGAAGAGGGGACCUGAGCGGUGGCCCAGCCAGUGACAACAUGACUGUUCAGAUGGCAGGCCAGAGUGACCCUGAGCAGUGGCUCAGUGUGUGUGGGGAGAGGAGCUGAGAAGUAAUGGAUCAACGGAGACAUCUACAGAGCCUGAUGUCCUGCCCUGGAGUCUGUUCGAGCAUGAGAUGAGGAAUAGAAACUUUGAGUUUUUUACGACCUCUGUUGCUAGUCUUAAAAACCUACAAACUGUAGAAAAGACUACUUUUCUGUUUUAUGACAAAAAAAUAACUAAGUAGAUUAUUAUUAUUGUUAUUAUGAAAUAAUUGUUUGUAUUAUUAUUCACAAUUUCUAUUUCAAAUUUGAUGCAUAUUCUACUUUUCACGUGUGUUAUUUUGUCCAAAGACAGUAUAUUAUUAGUUUCCAUAUUCAGUUGUAAUUGUCAUUGAGAAAAUACAGUAGCUUAUUUUAAUACUGUCUUUCAUUUUGAAGAGGUUCAAUUUGAUGGUCCUGAAAGUGAUACUUGUAAAUCCCUCAGUCCAUUUUGUAUUUUGUGUUAUUCAUUUGAUUUUGAUAAAGCUGUGCCCAGACACACUGGUAUGUAGAGUAUUUCUCUGAACAUAUGAUGCUGUUAUGAAUAAAGGUUGCUGUCGCGUAUAUUAAAGUAUUCUAUUGACAAUC